UACUCUAUCUCUUUUCAAUUCAUCUAAGCUCGUGUUGUAGAAUUGUGGGUCUUUUUUGUUUUCAUCAAAAUGGGAUUUUUUUCUUCUUCUUAUCCCAAAUUUAAAUACUAUGAAUUUGUAUUUUUUUUUCUCUCUUUGUUUAGCUUGCUGAAAUCUGAGUGGUAAUUAGGAGGCUAGGGAAUGGUAAAGUUUGAUUUUUUUUCAUAGAAAGAUAAAGAAUUGAUUUGAUUUUAAUUGAAUUACUAAAAUACUUAUCUUUUUAGGUUAGUGAUGUGUUUGAGUUAGUGUUUGAAUUGUGAUGAGAUACUAUUUGAUUUGUGUGUUGUUUGAAAGAGAUAUGUAAUUUCAUAAUUGUAAGGACUCUAGUUAGUUUGGUAGUUGUGAGUAGAAGUGAAUUAGGAUUGUAGAUAAGGUGAAAUAAUGCUUUGUAUUGUUAUUAUUAUGUUUGCAGAAUUAUUGAAGAAAGUGAUAGGGAUUGAAUUUUGACAAUUUUGAUAGGGCUAUUCUGAGACCUAAUUUGAGAUUUUUCUUCUUGGGUAUUCGAUUUAACCAAGGUUUUAAAUGAUGGUCGCGGUAAAGGGUUUUGCGAUAGUAAAUGUGUUGCGAAAUUGAUCGCGGUCGUUGCGGUGUGAAUUAGCCACAAUUUCUUUUUCGUCACUAAAUCGGUUGAUAACAUAUUGCUAUCGGCAUCUUCCGGUACCGUUUUGUCGCGGGCGUAAAGGCUUUUGUGAUGGUACAAGUGUUGUGAUACUGAUUGCGGUCGUCGCGGAGUGAAUUAACCACAAUUUCUUUUUCAUCACUAAUUCGGUGAAUAACGGGAUCGAUAUCGGCACCUUCCGAUACCAUUUUGUCGCGGACUUUUUUGCGGUUGCGUAAAGGCUUUCGUGACGGUACAUGUGUUGCGAUACUGAUUGUGGUCGUCGCGGUAUGAAUUAAUCACAAUUUCUUUUUCAUCGCUUAAACGGUGAAUAACGGGAUAGGUAUUGGCAUCUUCUGAUACUGUUUUGUCGUGGCCGUUUUUGCGGUUACAAACUGUUUUUUAAAAUCUUGGUUAUAACAAAGUUUAGUUUAAGAUAAGUAUAUAUAGGUUUUGAUUUAAUAUUUAUUUGAUUAUUAAGAAUUAUGUAUCACCAGAAUUAUGAUAGCUUGUUGCAUUUUGGGAGAUUCUCCACCCAAAAGUAGAGUAAUAUUAUAGGUUUAGAAAUUGUAUGUGAUUGGUAGAAUUUAUGGAAUCAUAAUAAAUGUUUUUCACUUUUGUGAGAGGAAAAAGUUUUUGUAGAUGCAUAAAAUUGAUUUUGACAUUUUUUGAUGUUCUCCAGUGGAAUUGUUUUUGUGAAUGGAUUUGAAAUUACGAAUUGGAACUUUUGCCUCUAACAGUGUUUUUUAGCUUGGAAUUUAUUGUUCAUUUCACUAUUACGUAAGUAAACGUAUCUAUAAACAUAAAUUAUUUUCAUUCAACAUACUUUGAAGUUUGAACCAAAAUCAAUUUUACAUAAUCUAAUUAUACAAAUCGAUUAUCGACACCAUAGAACCAAACACACGAAGAAAGAAAACUACAUCAGAGUUUGGUGGGAAACUUAAAAUUGAGGAAACUUGAUGAUAGUUCCCUCUCAAUAUUUGCUUGACUAAAAACAACAAUAUAGAUUUUACUUCUGACAAUUAUGCAAUGUUGCAUUGCCUUACUGCUUUGUUAUGUCCAGAAUUUGUGAUAAAUAAGGUAUAAGGUAUGCUUGCUAUCCAUGAUAAUUCUUCAUUCUGAUGUUUGAGUAGUCCACAUCUUUUUAACUUGCAUCAUGAUAUAUUGUUGACUUAAAUUUGUGUGCACUGCACAUUUUUUCAGGGACAUUGUACAUUUGGGUAAUUUAAUCCUGAUUGCAGAAGACCUUUGACGGGAGGACACAAUAAGUGGUUUUUGGAACUUAAAUUUUUUACUGAGUUCCUUGCGUCAUAAGAAACUUUUUGCAAGUUAAGUUGUUCUCAGAUGUCAGAAACUGACAUGGCAGUUAUUAAUCCUGAGAUGAUGAAGCCUUAUGUGUGGCUUCAAACUUCCGAUGAUUCAAUCCAACAAGUGGAACAAGAGAUUGCGAUGUUUUGCCCAUUUAUAUGUCAAGAAAUAAUACAAAAAAGCAUGGGAUCUUCCAAGAAUUGUGCAAUAUGUCUUCCUCAACAAGUCAGUCCUGCAAUGUUGAGCUUAAUUCUUGAUUAUUGUCGAUUUCAUCAAGUACUAGGCCGCUCAAACAAGGAACGGAAGUCUUAUGAUGAGAAAUUUGUCAGGAUAGACACAGAGCGGCUCUGUGAGUUGACGUCUGCUGCGGACAGCCUUCAGUUAAAGCCAUUGGUUGAUCUCACCAGUCGUGCACUAGCUCGAAUAAUUGAAGGAAGAUCGCCGGAGGAGAUACGUGACAUAUUUCAUUUGCCUGAUGAUCUUACAGAGGAAGAGAAAUUGGAGCCCUUGAGAAACAUAACUGACGAUCCAAGGAUUAGGCUUUUGAAUCGCUUGUAUGCCAAGAAGAGGAAAGAACUUAAAGAGCGUGAAAGGAUAAAGAAUGUUGAAGUUGAAGAAGAACAUGUAGAUGAACGAUCAGUUGAUGACCUUCUAUCUUUUAUUAAUGGAAAUGAUGGAGAUCCGAAGGGGAUUAAAACUUCUAAAAAUAAAAAGAAGAAUCGAAGGAAAAAAGACCAGCAGAAGAAUUCUUCUUUGAAGGAAGCAUCUGUACCAGAUAAAAAGGUAGAGGUAAACGGUCAUAACAUCAGACACCAUAGUUCGGAAGCUGAUAGACCGUGUGAGACCUCUAAUUCACACCAUACAGACGAUGAUCUUAUGGUUGAGUUUGAUGAUGAUGAUACAGACGAUGAGAUUGAUCCGAUAUUAAAGGCAAAAAUUGACAGGGAAGUGGAAGAUUUUGCCCGCAGAUUAAAUUCCGACUGGCCAGAGAGAAUAAAAGACUUUUUGUCGUCGACACAAGAAAGGAAGACAAUGCUUUUAACUACCACCAAUGGGAAUGGUUGUCUAAGGCGACAUGCUUGACUGGACAUUCGGAAUGGAAAUGAAUCUUUUCCAGAUGGCCAUUGGCUUCAAAAUUUUGAGAGAUUCUGGCAAGCACAAGAAAGUUGUUGCAUGUCAGUUGUUUUUAUUUUUUGUUUUAGGGUAAUUUUAAUGAGUAACCUUAGGAUGCUUAUUAAGAAUCAAAAAUAAAAAAUAAAAAACAAAGCUCCUCAGGUUUUUUUUCCGGAUAAUGUGAAAUAUUUUAUUUUUGUUAUUCUUUAAACAAGUGUCCUAGGAAUCUUGUUUUAAUUUAUUUUUUUGCAGUUCAUUUUUAUGUAUAUGGAAUUCUGUUUUCUUCUUUCCCCUUU